AUGGGGAGGUUCCUAGCCGGGUUCCUAUUGCCUAUGCUGCUUUUGACAGCUUCUUUGCUAAAUUGGAGUUUGAUCUCUCUGGCUGAUUUAGUAGCCUUUGUAUUCAUUCAAUAUACUGCUCCAAAAAUUCGUUUUCGAAGUCGGCGGCGAUUUUUGGUGUCAUGGUAUGCUUUUGUCUUUUCCUUGCUGAUAGUUCUUUCACAUGCCGUGUUUCAUAUUGUUUCGGCUGUUAAAGGGGAUCAAUGGAGUGUUACUGACACACGAUGGGCCGUACUUAUUGGUUUUUCACGAGCUCGGUCUUCGAUAUCUCCUUCUUUAAUAUAUUUUCUGGUCAUACAAGUAGCAGCAGCUUGUGUUGCACUACUCGACAUCAAUUGGAGUCUAUUUGGUCUGGACUCAUGGAGAGAUUCUUACUGUGUCCAUCUAUAUACUUCUCUUGUACAUAUAGCACCAUAUAUCAUUACCAUUUCACUGAUUUAUAUCUAUAUACUUAUAUGGGUUCCAAGGUGGUGGAGGUAUCUGUUGUUGUAUGCAGGCUUCAACAUCAUCCUGCUGUACGUGUAUCAACUUCCAAUUGAAUUUUCAGAUAGCCUUUUAUGGAUUGCUGAUUUUAUCGGCCUAUUUAGAAUAUCUUCAAAAUCAGAGUGGUCGGAAGUUUGUUCUGCUGUAUCUCUUCUAUUUUUCUAUAUCAUGUUAUCAUGGAUUAGAUGUGAUCUUACAGAAAUGGAUUCCAUCAUAUGCACCAGAGAAAGCAGCUUAACCGAGCAGCUUCUUCCCCAGAAACAUACAAUUUUGAUUUCUGAAUCAAGAUCUGGGGUGAGACACACCAAUGUUUUGUUGCGGAGAGCAGUUUUUCAGACUUUUACCAUCAACUUUUUCACUUAUGGUUUUCCGAUCUCAUUGCUUGCUCUUUCAUUUUGGAGUUUCCAUUUUGAAAGUCUAUGUGCAUUUGGAUUAGUGGCAUAUGUUGGCUACAUUUUGUAUGUCUUCCCUUCCAUGUUACAUUUUCACCGGUUAAAUGGCUUGCUUCUCGUAUUCAUUCUUUUCUGGGCUGCAAGCACAUAUGUCUUCAAUGUGGCAUCCACAGUCCUUCACAAGAAGCUACAAAAGGACAUGGAGAUCUGGGAAACAAUAGGCUUAUGGCAUUAUCCAAUCCCAGGGUUUUAUCUAUUAGCGCAAUUUGGUCUUGGAGUUCUUGUUGCUCUGGGAAAUCUGGUAAACAAUUCUGUUCUUCUGCAUUUGUCAGAUCGAGAUGGACCUUCUACAAAUGAUAGUUCUCCUGUAGAAGAGAAAGAAGAGACUUUAGUAUACGCUGUUGCUACAGUAGCAUGGGGAGUGCGCAAAAGCUCUCGUGCUGUAGUGUUGGCACUAACAUUUCUGAUAGCAACAAAACCUGGCUUCAUUCAUGCUGUAUACAUGGUUUUCUUUAUGAUAUAUCUCUUGAGCCAUACCAUCAGUAAGAAAAUGAGGAAGACCUUGAUUCUUCUAUGUGAAGCACAUUUUGCACUAAUAUACAUCCUUCAAAUAUCCAAGGCCUUGGAGAAGAAAGGCUCAUUGUUAAGGGAAAUUCUCUCAGAAUUGGGCCUUCUUAAUCAAACUAGUGCUGCUGAUUUCUUGGAGAUAGCCCUGCUUGCCUGCUUCUGUUCCAUGCAGAAUCAUGGCUUUGACAUGCUUUCUUCAUUCUCUGCAAUUGUUCAACAAGCUCCCUGCCCUCCAAUUGGGUUUAGAACUUUGAGGGCUGGUUUGAUAAAAUCAAUUCUUCUAUCAGUAUAUUCUUCAACAUCCAAAGAGAGGCAGCAAAUUAACUCUUCUCGUGAGAGAAUGAUAACAUCAUAUCUGAGUGCAAUUGGUCAGAAGUUCCUCACAAUAUAUCGAUCAUGUGGAACGUACAUUGCUUCUAUGACUAUAUUUCUCACUGUGUACCUAGUGGUACCUAACUAUACUUCAUUUGGUUAUCUAUUCUUCCUUUUGAUAUGGUUGAUUGGAAGACAAAUCCUCAGAGAAACAAGAAGGCGUCUCUGGUUUCCGCUGAAACUUUAUGCAGUUGCAGUUUUGGUGUUCAUUUACAGCAUCAGUGUGUUCAUCAACUUUCAAACAUGGUUGUCUAAUAUGAUGGAUCUUGAAUCUGCCUUUGGAUAUAACAAGGACGCUUCAAUAUUAAAAAAUAUAUGGGAAUCUCUAGCAGUAAUUGUUGUAAUGCAACUGUACAGCUAUGAAAGAAGACAGAGCAAAUUCUUCAAAGUGGAUGAUUCUGAUGCACAGGAAAUAAAAUUAUUUUCUUUUGCCAAACGUCUUAUGAUAUGGCACAGUGAGAAGAUACUUUUUCUUGCAUUGUUUUAUGCAUCACUAUCGCCUAUCAGCGCAACUGGUUUCCUAUAUCUUCUUGGUCUUGUCAUCUGUUCAAUGUUGCCUAAAACUUCUAGGAUCCCUUCAACACUAUUUCUAAUUUAUUCAGGAUUUCUAGCGGUGAUUGAGUAUCUUUUCCAAAUGUGGGGUGACAAGGCUGAUAUGUUCCCUGGUCAAAAACACUCUUAUUUGUCUUAUUUUCUGGGUUUGCAGUUUUAUGAAUCUGGAUUCUCUGGUAUAGAAGCAGGCUUGAGGAGAAAAGUUUUGGUCAUUGCUGCAUGUAUACUUCAGUACAAUGUCUUCCAUUGGCUGGAUAAAAUGCCAUCUGAUGACGGAAAUAAAGAAAAAUGGGACGAGCCUUGCACUUUGUUUGACUUAGCAGAAACAGAGAAUUUGCUUUCAGAAAGACAAGCCUGCUCAUCUUUGAACUCCAGCUUAUCUCAAGGUCUAGGCGCUUUAUCCUCUGAAAGAGGGUGUUCUGAUGGCACUAGUACAAGUAAAUAUAUGUAUUUUUAUUUUUGGGAAAGUUCCAAAGAGAGCCGUAAAUGGAACAGAAAGAGAAUUCUUUUAUUGAGGAAGGAGAGGUUUGACAUGCAGAAGACCGCUUUAAAAUUAUAUAUGAAGUUUUGGAUCGAGAAUUUGUUCAAUCUCUUUGGCCUUGAGAUUAACAUGGUUGCAUUACUUCUAGCCAGCUUUGCUGUGUUGAAUUCCUUCUCUUUGCUAUACAUUGCAUUUCUUGCUGCUUGUGUUCUUUUACAGCGGCGUAUAAUACAGAAGUUGUGGCCUGUGUUUGUAUUCUUGUUCGCUUCCAUUGUCACACUUGAAUACUUGGCCCUUUGGUUCAAUCAGGCAUCUUCUUGGCAGAAGCAGUUAAUUCAGGAUGCAAAAGUUCGUUGCCAUGACUGUUGGAGAGUAUCUGAUGUUCAUUUCCAUCACUGCCUAAAAUGCUGGCUAGGAAUAAUAGUUGAUGAUCCCCGUAUGCUUAUUAGCUAUUAUGCAGUUUUCAUGUUCGCAUGUUUCAAGCUCCGUGCUGACCACUUAUCAAGUAGCCAUGUCUCUCGAACUUAUCAGAAGAUGAUAUCUCAGUUCAAAAAAGCAUCUGUACUAAGUGACCUCUCAUUUGAAACAAAGGCCUUCUGGACAUUUCUUGACUACCUGAGGCUUUAUAGUUACUGUCACUUACUACAUCUAGUUCUGGCUUUGAUCUUGAUUACAGGAACCCUUGAAUACGACAUCCUUCACCUUGGAUAUCUUGGCUUUGCUUUGAUUUUCUUCCGAUUGAGACUUGAAAUGCUGAAGAAAAAGAACAAAAUAUUCAAGUUCUUAAGAUUGUACAAUUUUGCUUUAAUUGUACUCUCUCUAGCUUAUCAAUCUCCAUUCAUAGGAGAAGCUACUGAAGGGAAAUGUGAAACACUAGAUUACUUCAGUGAGGUGAUUGGAUUUUAUAAAUAUGAUUAUGGAUUUCGAAUUACAUCGAGGUCUGCACUGGUUGAGAUCAUCAUAUUUAUGUUGGUGUCACUUCAAACAUAUAUGUUCUCAUCCAAGGAGUUCGAUUAUGUGUCAUCAUACCUUGAAGCAGAGCAAAUUGGUGCCAUUGUACGUGAGCAGGAGAAGAGAGCUGCUUGGAAAACAGCACAAUUGCAACGCAUACGUAAAGCAGAAGAGCAGAAGUGCCUGAGAAAUUUGCAGGUUGAGAAGAUGAAAUCAGAGAUGCUCAAUCUAAAAGUCCAGCUUGACAGCGUCAGCAUCACUGCUAAUCGUGGUAACAGUUCUCCAGAACAUGAAGGCAUCAGAAAGGACAGGAAAUAUUCAUUGGAUUCAUAUAGACCAAAUGGUGUCCCAGGAAACGUAGAAAAUGGACUAAAAGGCCAAGACCUUGGUCUAACCACUCUCUUUGAUAUGAAUGAAUCUCCAAGAAGUGAAGGAAGUGCAAUUUCAUUGGAAGUGCAAUCUGCAAAGCAUUCAACGGAUACUCUUUAUGGUAUCACUGAACUAGAGAUGAAGGCUCCUAAUUAUAAGUUUUUGGGUUCAAAUGGAAAAGGUAAGGGAAGGUACAAAGCAAAACGAAACCCCAUAGCUUCAGCAGUACAUCUGAUAGGGGGUGGAGUUUCUCAUGUACAGUCCCUUGGUAAUAAGGCAGUUAACAAUCUAAUGCACUUCUUGAACAUAGAAAAGGAGGAACAUGAAUUGAGUGAGAAUUCUUCUGACGAUGAGGAAUAUUAUGAGAUAGAAAGUCAGAACAUAAUUCUUGAACCUACAGAGGGAACAUCUUCUAUUCAAUCUGGUUUUGAGAGGACCAUGUCUGAGGCUACAUACUCAGAAAUUGGAAUGAUCUUACGUUACAUGUGGGGUCAAAUGAGAUCAAACAAUGAUGUUGUUUGUUAUUGUUGCUUUCUUCUGAUAUUCUUGUGGAAUUUCAGUUUGCUUUCUAUGGUAUAUAUUAUGGCUCUCUUCUUAUAUGCUCUCUGUAUAAAUACUGGUCCAAGUUAUAUGUUCUGGGUCAUUAUGCUAAUAUAUACAGAAGGAUGUAUACUGCUUCAGUAUGUAUACCAAAUCAUCAUCCAACACUGUGGAUUCACUAUAAAUAUGAGCUUUCUCCAGGAAUUAGGAUUUCCUGCUCACAAAAUCAUGUCAUCGUUUGUCACGAGCAACUUGCCUCUCUUUUUGGUGUAUUUAUUUACACUCUUACAAACCUCCAUAACAACAAAGGAUGGUGAUUGGGAAACAGUUACAGAGUUCAUCUUUCGAAAGAAGAAUAACAAUUCCGAGCAAGAUGAAAUAGGGACUUACAGUUAUAGUGACAGAAUACGGAGAUUACUUUUACCUGUAAAAAAUGUAAUGAGACUGUUAAUCAGAAGCCUGUUCAGGUAUUGGAAGUCACUGACACAGGGAGCAGAAACACCACCUUACUUUGUGCAGCUAUCCAUGGAAGUUACAGUGUGGCCAGACGACGGUAUUCAGCCAGAGAGAAUUGAGUCUGGAAUUAAUAGGUUGCUCAGAAUCUUGCAUUCUAGGAGAUGCAAGGAGAAUAACAUGAAUCACUUGGAGUCACAUAGUAGGGUUCGUGUGCAAAGCAUUGAAAGAAGUCCAGAAAAUGCUAAUACAGCUCUGGCUGUUUUUGAAGUGGCAUAUGCCUCCCCUUCAACAGAAAGUAGUCCAGCAGAAUGGUACAAGUCUCUAACUCCAGCUACUGAUGUAGCCAAUGAGAUCAGAAAAGCUAAACGUGAUGGAAUUCUCAAGGAAAUUAGAUUUCCAUACCCAAUACUUUCUGUUAUUGGUGGUGGAAAAAGGGAUAUAGAUCUGUAUGCCUACAUAUUUUGUGCAGAUUUGGCUGUUUUUUUCUUGGUAGCCAUUUUCUAUCAAUUAGUUAUAAAAAACAACAGUGAGUUCCUUGAAGUGUAUCAGCUGGAAGAUCAAUUCCCAGAAGAGUUUGUCUUUAUUCUGAUUGCAAUCUUUUUCCUGAUCGUGCUUGAUCGCAUCAUUUAUCUUUGUUCAUUUGGCACUGGGAAAGUGAUCUUCUACAUUUUCAACCUUGUUCUCUUCACAAUGAUGGUGACAAGGUAUGCUUGGUACGUGGUUCCUUCACACAGGCAUGCAGGAAGGCUAGCACUACGUGCUAUAUAUCUAACAAAGGCAAUCUCUGUGUCUCUGCAAGCCAUACAAAUACGAUUUGGGAUGCCACAUAAGAGCACUUUGUACAGGCAGUUUUUAACAAGCACUGUUUCACAAAUCAACUAUCUAGGUUUCAGGCUUUAUCGUGCUCUGCCAUUCCUUUACGAAUUACGCUGUGUUCUUGAUUGGUCUUGCACAACGACAUCUUUGACUAUGUAUGACUGGUUGAAAUUGGAGGACAUUCACGCAAGCUUGUUUCUUGUCAAAUGUGAUGUGGAUCUGCAUAGAUCUAAACAUCAACAAGGGCAAAAGCAAACCAAAAUGACAAAAUUCUGCAAUGGACUAUGCUUAUUCUUCAUUAUGAUGUGUGUUAUCUGGGCUCCCAUGCUGAUGUAUAGUAGUGGUAACCCAACAAACAUUGCAAACCCUAUUAAAGAUGCCAGUGUACGAAUCGAUAUCAAGACAGUGAGUGGAAGACUAACAUUGUUUGAGACCACUUUGUGCCAAAAGAUGUCAUUGGAUGAGAUAGAUCCGAGCAUUAAUUUGGAUCCAAAUGGUUAUCUAAGUACAUACAAUGUGAAAGACAUUCAAUUAAUAUGUUGCCAAGCUGAUUCAAGUGCAUUGUGGCUUGUACCCCCAGUAGUCCAGGCCAGAUAUAUAAAAUCUCUUCAAUGGAGGAUGGACAUUGUUUUUUCUUGGCAAUUCACUAGGGACAGACCUAAAGGAAAGGAAGUAGUGAAAUAUGAACUAACUGUCCAAGAUCAGGAUCUUCCCAGUUCAUCAAGAGUUAUGCAAGUUCUUAAUGGUACUGCCAAUAGUUUUACAAUACAUAAUGUCUAUCCAAGAUACUUCCGGGUUACUGGCUCUGGUGAUGUACGAUUUCUUGAAAAUGCGGUUGAAUUGGUUAGUGGAGAUGUUGUUCUGAAUCGUGGGAAUCCAGAGUGGUGGUCUUUCCAUGAUAUUGAUGCAUCUGAUGUGAGUGGAUGUGGAGACUUGGCAGGACCUUUAGCCAUUGUUGUAUCAGAGGAAACUCCACAGGGAAUACUUGGUGAAACCCUUAGCAAAUUCAGCAUUUGGGGUCUUUACAUAACCUUUGUGCUAGCAGUGGGACGUUUCAUCAGACUACAAUGUUCCGAUCUAAGAAUGAGAAUACCUUAUGAGAACCUUCCUUCUUGUGACAGGUUGCUGGCAAUAUGUGAGGAUAUAUAUGCUGCCAGAGCAGAGGGUGAGCUUGAAGUUGAAGAAGUCCUAUACUGGACACUUGUUAAAAUUUAUAGGUCACCACACAUGCUUCUUGAGUAUACAAAACUUGACUAGAUAGUUUAAAAGAGUUGUUUGAACUAUGUACUGUUAGAUCAACUUCAAGCCAUAUGUAUUUCGGCUUAGCUGAGUUCGGAUAUUCAAAGAUUCAAAAUUACCAUUUACAGAAAGAAGAGAAACUAUACCAAGAAAAAUGCUGUUCAUGAUGUUUCAAAGUUUCUUUCUUUCCCUUUUCAUAUAUACAUAGAGGAGAGGCCAAAGGAACCAAAAUUUACGUGAAACACGGUAGAUUAAGUCUUUGGUUGCUCUCCAUGUUCAAAUACUUAAUGCUUUUUUAACAACACAAACUUU